UCCAUUUCUGACGACUCUACAAUACCAUAACAUCCACCAUGGCUGCAGUAGCACCCGUCAUAUCUAUUAAAGCUGGGAAGUGUGCUCAGAAUGUUUGCCUCCCAUCUCCUCUACUACCGGUAGCACUUAACUUAUCGUGCCUUGCUGCAUAGGGUACAAACAUUGUUUCGCAAGCUGAGCCUGGCCUGUUAUAUCUCUACCACAAUCCUGAAGACGGUAUUUAUUUAUUUUCCGGCCCCUCUCACGCCUCAAUAUUAUUUCUAACCGUUGCUCGAUAAACCAGACCUUUUGCACUUUUGCUGGAAGCCUCGUGGCGCCGUUGAGCCAACUGCCGAGGACGAUCUCAUAAUUAUCCCCGGGGAUGCAAGAAUUAUCAAGUAUACUGGCUGCACAACUGGGCGUGUUAUGGUCCUCAAGUUCUCGUCCUCUUCCCAACGCCACUUCUUCUGGUUACAGUCCAAGGCCGAGUCGAGUGAGCCUGGGCACUGGUCUGCGAGAGAUGAUGGAUGGAUUCACCGAAUCAAUGUUGCUCUCCAGGGCCCUCAGGACGAUGACGAGGAGAUGGGGGAUAUUGGCCUUGGCAGCGAGGAGGUUGAGGAGGAGGGGAGUGCCAGCAGGAGAGGUGGUGCUGACGGGGGCAGGGCGUAGGUGUUCCUUGGUUUUCCCUAUCUUACAACAUAUUCUUUUCUAUUCCCUCACAUUGUUCCCCCUUUUAAGUUUGCACUGUCUGUUUGGGAGGAAGGCUUCGUGGUAACAAAAUUUGAAUUGUGAAUUAAUGUCCGAAUAUACGAAUCGUGGCUUGCACAUUUGCGAACGCCUUAACUUUAUCACUCCAGUGCUUUUUGCAAUAGUAACCUGUGGGACUAUUCAGCUGACUGGGCGCUUAAGUCCUACUUCCCAAUCUCAGAACCAAAGCGAUUUCCUCCAAAAUCUCAUUUCCCAGAUACAACUCCCUGGGGCGGCGGGCGGUGGUGGCAGUGGCAGUGGAUACCAGCAACAGGAUCCAAUGAUCUCCCUUCACGACCUUCUCCCUUCGGCAGUUACCACAUCGCUACUAGCGGUCAUGACCCCUGGAGCCGUUGAUGACCUAAUCUCGAACCUUCCACAGGGAAUUGUCCCACGCAAUGCUACCCCUACCCAGAAAAAGGAGGUUAUCCGUAAAGUCCUGCACAGUCCACAAUUUAGCCAGAGCCUUGUUGGCUUAUCUGUUGCUUUAAGAGACGGUGGGCUGAGGGGCAUUUCGGACAGCCUGGGAGUCAGACUAGCCCCUGGAGAAGAGGGUACUGGACGUGAUCAGGUCGCUAUCUUCGUUGAGGCAGUCAAGAAGGAGGAAGAAAAGAAGGAAGACAAUAAUAUGGAUAUCGAUUAGAUGGAUACCAGACCUGUACUAUAGUAGCCAUUAGCCAUUCGGCUAGGAUAAAAGGCAACUUGGCUCUUUUUAUUGCCCACAGCAGCUGCCUCCGAUCGAGCUCCACAAUAGUGAGCCUAGCAGGGGAUGCAGAUUUAUGAAUAUGUUCUUUUUAAGACGUUGAAGCAUAAUUCAUCACUCGGGACCCU